AGUUUAGUUUAGUUCGUUUACGGUCUUCCCCGAAUUGAGAUCGUCUCAGCUGGCAGCAACCUAGCAGUCUUUACUAUAUCCGAAAGUCGCGAUCGAAACAAAAACAAAUCAAAAUAAUAGUAGUACCUACUCGUUUCAACAGGAGCAGCAUGAGCGGACAUCAACGUGCCUCGAUAACCGUCCAAGAUUAGCUUAAUGGCUCGGGGGUAGUGAUAUCUCGGGCCAGAGAUAAUAUUUUGUUAAAAUAUUUGAUGCACGCUGACGGGACGUCACUGUUUUGAGCCAACUCUUGGGAGAGUCUGUCUGGAUCGGCCUGUCCGUCGAUACAGUUAAGAUCCGCCGCCAACCGACCACAUCAUGCCACUUGUUCCGCGCCCGUCCACGCGUCAGGUUGUUUUCUAGAUCCCCAGAUCCGUAGUUCCCUCCCACAAGCCAGCUAAUUGCCCGUGAAAGAUCUGGCGAAAAAUUAAGAAAUAUUCUGAGCGACCGUAAAAGUGACGACUGUAACGUAUUUGUGUAUGUGUGAGUGAGUUCCGGAAGAGACCAAUGUGCCAAGUGAGAUCGCAGCCUAAGUCGACUCGCAACUAGGAUGGUUCAAAGUGAGAAUCCCAGCAGCCUGGGACCCGAGGAGCAGAACGUAGAUACUGCAAGCGCAGAAUCCCGAGACGAAUCGGACGUCGAGUCCAGACUUUUGGACAAUGGCAAGCCCUACGACAAGCAGAAGGAGGCGGGAGUUGAUUCGGACAGUGAAAAUCCCACUCCGAAGAAAUCAAAAACCAAAAAGAAGAAACAGAAAUCCGAGCAGGACCGCCUCAUGACUGCGGAAAUUAACAAACUGCUAGAUGAAUCUCCGCUGGAGAAGAACGUCACCUGCGGAUUCUGGAUAUUCAGGGGAAAGUUCUACCAAAGAUUUGCAAACCAAACUGCAUAUGUUUUACUCUACGGAAUCGUCGGCUGUAUCUUUUCAAUGACAUACGCCUACUUCAAUGGCACGAUCACCACAAUAGAGAAGCGUUUUAAGAUUCCGUCGAAGAACACGGGAAUAAUCUCGGUGGGAAAUGAUAUAAGUCAGACCUUGGUGUCUGCUGUUCUGGCCUACUACGCGGGAAAGGGUCAUCGACCGAGAUGGAUUGGGUUCGGUCUUCUUACCAUAGUCUUUUUCUGUGUUCUAACCACGGCACCACACUUUCUUUACGGCCCCGGGGAAGAUGCACUGGCUUUGACCUCAGAGUUUGGUGGAAUGCCCGAUGAAAAUGCCACCAAGGAGGCCAUCGAGGAACAGAGAUCCAAAACCCUCUGUCGCUUGAAUGGAGGAGGAGCCGAGUGUGAGGUCGGUGAGGGGAACUUCGCCCCACAGCUCUUGCUCUUUGUGGCCCAGUUUAUAUCCGGAAUCGGAGGAUCCCUGUACUACACCCUGGGAGUAUCCUACAUGGACGACAACACCAAGAAGUCAAAGACUCCGGCAUUGCUGAGUCUGUCCUACUUCCUGCGUAUGCUGGGUCCUGCCAUUGGAUAUGCCCUGGCCUCCUUCUGCCUGCGCCUGUACAUCGCCCCGCAGAUGCAUCCGGUGAUCAAUAACAAGGACCCUCGCUGGCUGGGCGCCUGGUGGCUGGGAUGGCUGGUAAUGGGCGGACUGCUCUCCUUCUCCGGGGUGUUCCUCUCAAUGUUUCCCAAAGAACUUCCCCGAGCAGUGGCCCGCAGGAAGGUGGAGGAGAACCGACGGCGUGAAAAGGAGAGACUAUCUGUGAAGAGCACGGAGAAGGAGCGCUUGACAGUCGAGUUAGACCAAAAGACUCCUGUGGAAGCUAAGGCAUCCUUCCAGGACAUGCUGAAAACCUUCCGCCGCCUGAUCACUAACAAGACGUACAUGUGCAACACCCUGUCGAGCAUUUUCUACCUGGUUGGGUAUACACCCUACUGGAUAUUCACACCCAAGUACAUCGAGGUGCAGUAUCGCCAGUCUGCGGCCACUUCAUCCAUGGUAACCGGAACAGUGGCCCUGGCUUUCUCCGCUGUGGGUGUGCUCCUUUCCGGUUUCAUCAUCUCGCGAUAUAAGCCCAGGGCCCGAUACAUGGCGGCUUGGAAUGUGAUUGUUGGCUUUCUCACGGUGGCUGGCAUCUUCGCCUACGCCUUUAUCGGUUGCCCGGGAAAUGAAAGUUCCGUAAUUGUCAACAUUCAUGACAGUUCCUUGGCGGGCAACACCACCACCUGCAAUUCGGCCUGCUCCUGCGAUUACGUCCGCUACUCUCCAGUUUGUGGGGAGAACAAUAUGACCUACAUCUCUGCCUGCCACGCGGGAUGCAAAAGUUUGCACGUAAAUUCCGAAGGAAAGAAGAUUUUCUACGAUUGCUCCUGCAUUCCUGGUGAUGAUACCGGCAACUCCACGAGCCAGUUUAAGCGCGUUACCAGCUUCGAUUUGGCGAGCGAUGACUUCAGCCAGGACACGUCAAACUUCACCGAAUUGCAGAGCCUAGCGAAUGGCCAGGCAAUGCCAGGAGCCUGUCCCGUGAACUGCUGGACACAGUUUGUGGCCUUUUUGGCCGUCAUGUGCUGCCUGAAGUUCGUGGGAGCCAGUGGCAGGGCCUCCAACUUCCUGGUCUCCGUGCGCUGUGUUCCGGAAAAGGAUAAGACGGCAGCCAUGGGGUUCGGCAUGACCCUGUGCUCGAUGCUGGCCUUUAUUCCCAGUCCAAUAUUCUUUGGUUGGGUCUUCGACAGGGUCUGUUUGGUUUGGGGCAAGACCUGCACAAACAAGGGAAACUGUUGGCUCUACGAUCCGCUUUCCAUGAGGUACACUCUGAACUUCACCGCAGCUGUCUUUAUCGCCAUUGGGGCCAUUUUCGAUCUGGGGGUCUGGUAUUACGCCAAGGAUCUGAAAAUCUUCGACGAGGACAUCAAGGAGGUGGAGAUGAAGAUUGUCCAGCACGAGGAGGAGGCCAACAACGAGAAGAAUACAGAGAUCUAGACCUAAGUUAUUGUUAUUCCUAAGCGCUGUGUGAGAGUGAGAGUUUUGGUGCCUUCAUUUGUCAAUAUAUAAAUGUGUGAUUUCCCCAUAGAGCCCAGUACCAUAAUAAACGGUAUUGUAACAGUAA